UGGCGGAGGAUACAGUGGCGCUGAGGCUCAGCAGCGGAGUUCUAUGACUUUUUUCCCCCCCCGCCCUCUCCCUUCCCUUUCCUCAAGCAGUUGAGCCGUCCGAGGGCGCGUUGAAUGCUUCUCGAGAAGACCGAGAGGCGGAGAGAAAUGUGUCGCUACUCGGAAAGGAGGCGGAAGACUACGUGAAUCGCCACACGCGAGUAAGAUGGGACAAUGUAUCGCUGUUUAGUGCAGUCAACAGCCCCGGGCAACCAAUAUGGCUCCUUGCGCCUUUCCCACUACUAUGCUAUAAACAUUGCUCUCCCCAUGCCGCGGCGGCUCCGGCGAACUAACUUAAGUUCCAUAAUCUCUCGGUACUUUUGAUCGCUUACGGAUAUUCCGCCGCGUUAGCUUUGGUGAAGCUAAGGAGGAGGAGGUUGGGUGGGGGGCAACUACUAUCACCACCACCACCACCACCACCGCCGCGCGUAGCAAUGGAGCCAAAGCACAAAGAGUUGCUGGAGCAGUGCCACCAGAACUUAGUGGAGUCCAUCACGGACGCCGAUCGAGUCGUCGAGCUGCUCGUCGUCUCGGGCGCCCUCAGCCAACUCGACCGCUUCGAGCUGGAUCAGAACUGCUCGUCCAGCGCCGAGAAAGUGGAGCUGCUGCUGAAGAUGCUGACGAACAAGGAGAGCGACCAUUUCCUGGACCUGUGCGUGGCCCUGGAGAAGGCGUACCCCGACCUGCACGCUGCCCUGUUCGGCGGCAACAACGGCGGCGGGCCCGUGGACCACAACACCGGUUCCACAUACAGUGUCCUCUCUACCAUGCCGUCCGACUCUGAGAGCAGCAGCUCCCUCAGCAGCGUUGGUUCGCCCGUUAACGGUGAUGCGUCCUCCCCUCCCCCCGCCAUCAACGACAACCGGCCGCAAAGCGACCACCUGGACACCGUUCUGUUCCAGCUCCGCCAGGUGACAAGGGAGCGGGACGAGCUCCGCAAGCGACUGGCCCUGGCAUCGCCUGGCACCACAUUCGAUGACUGCAGGCCAAAUUCCAAAGCCAGCCAUGAUUAUGAGCGCUUAAAAAGCCAGUGCAUGAGGGCCAUGGCAGAUCUGCAGUCUCUCCAGAACCAGCACACAAAAACACUGAAGAGGUGCGAGGAGGCUGUCAAAGAGGCCGACUUCUACCACAUGCUGCACAGCCGUGUCCUGGGCGAACAGACGCAGCUCAAGGAGGAGAUGGAGACACUGCGAAGGGACAACGCUCAACUGGUCCGAGAGCACAAUCACCUCAAACAGAGCUGCGAGGAGCUCCAGCGGUUGCACGGUCAAGACCAGAAGGAGUUGUCCGACCUCCGAUUGCAGCAGCAACAGGUAAUGCGAGAAAAGGGCUCCUCGGAGGUGCUGAACAAACUGUACGACACGGCCAUGGACAAGCUGGAGGGUGUGAAGAAGGAGUAUGACGCCCUCAGUAAGCGCUUCGGCGAGAAGGUGGCCGCGCACAACACGGACCUGAGCCGCCUGGAGCAGGCUGAGGAGGAGAACCGGCGGCUGCAGAAGCAGAUGGACGCGCUGCUCAUACAGCGUGACUCGGCUAUGCACUACCAGCAGCAGUACUCCACCUCCAUGAGGAGGUUCGAUUCCGUGCAGCAGGAGCUUAACAAGUCCUCCGCUCAAAACAAGGAGCUCCAGCGCGAGAUGGAGCGGCUCCAAUCGGAGGUGACGCGCUACAAGAACCUGCAGCUGAAGUCGGCCAAGGACUGUGACAAGUACAAGGAGGAGCGGGACUCUGUGUUUAACGAGUACCGCCUCAUCAUGAGCGAGCGCGACCAGGUCAUCAAGGAGCUGGACAAGCUGCAGACGGAGCUGGAGGCGGCCGAGGCCCGGCUGAAAAACACUUCCUCGGAAAGGGUUGUGGCUAGCGAGGAGUUGGAAGCACUCAGACAGGAGUUGAACUCGUCGCUGGUGGACCGCGACAGGGCCAUCUGCGAGAGGAACGAGCUGCUGGAGAAGUACUGCCAUGAAGUGAAGGACAAAGCCGAGGCCCAGAAAGAACUGAGCCAGGCCUGCAAGGACAUCGAGAUGGUUCGGGAGGAGCGCGACGUGGCCCGCAAGGAGAGGACCGAGGCCAUCAUUCAAAGGGAUCAGCUCCUUCGGGAGUACUAUCAAGCCCGACAGAAACAGGAUUCGGCCACACUCGACAUGGAGCGGGCCAAUAAGGAGAUUGAGAUGCUUCGGAAACAGUAUGAGGCCAUGUCCCAGGAGCUGAAGGAGGCCACACAGGAGACUGAGGUGGCCAAAUGUCGUCGGGACUGGGCCUUCCAAGAGCGGGACAAAAUCGUCGCAGAAAGAGAGAGCAUCAGGACGCUGUGUGACAACCUGCGUCGGGAGCGAGACCGGGCGGUCAGCGAUCUCGCAGACGCGCUGCGGAAUCUGGACGACAUGAGGAAGCAGAAGAACGACGCUUUGCGAGAGCUCAAAGAGAUUAAGGAGAAAAUGGAGGGACAGCUGGAGAAGGAGGCCCGCUUCUGUCAGCUCAUGGCCCACAGCUCUCACGACUCGGCCAUUGACACAGACUCCCUUGAGUGGGAGACUGAGGUGGUGGAAUUUGAGAAGGACAGGGACGACAUGGACUUGAAGGCGCUUGGGUUUGAUAUUGCUGAAGGGGUAAACGAUCCAUAUUUACCGGGAGACUGUGGAAUAUUUGUGACACGGGUGGACAAAGGAAGUAUUGCAGACGGAAGGUUAAGGGUGAAUGACUGGUUACUGAAGAUGAACGACAUCGACCUGACCAACAAGGACAGGAAGCAAGUGAUGAAGGCGGUCCUCAACGUUGGCGGGCUCAUCAACAUGGUGGUACGGAGGAGAAAGUCUCUUGGGGGAAGACUGCUCACUCCCGUUCACAUCAACCUCAUGGGGCACAAAGACAGCGGGAUAGGUCUGGAGAACGGCGUGUUCGUCACAACAGUGGUCCAAGGCAGUCCAGCAGCCAGAGAGGGCACACUAACUGUUGGAGACAGACUGAUCGCUAUAAACGGCAUCGCUCUGGAUAACAAGUCUGUGACAGAGUGCGAGGCCUUGUUGAAGAACUGCAGGGAGUCUCUCAGCCUCUCUCUAAUGAAGUUCUUUCCUCACAGUACAUCCGGCCAGAACAUCUUUGAGAGUCUGCGUGACUCAUCGGAGAAAUCCAAUGGGCGCAUUCACCUCUCCGAGAUCCACUCUCGGAACAGCCGCAACCUGAAACACAACAGCUCAACGCAGACAGACAUUUUCUGCCCCGACAUUGGGAGCAGCGGCACGAGCGGCAUCUCCGGUGAGAGGAGGAAGCACCGAGGGGAACCCGAUGAGCUUUACGGGAACAUGGGCAAACCCUUCUCCAUGGGUUCUCUUCACGCCACGAGCCUGCAGCCGGCAUCCGACUUGUGCACCGGCCGCUAUGGCCCCAGCGCCUUCCAUGAGUGCUUUCCUUACUCAAAGGCGCCAUCCUCCUUGCCGUUCGACCCCGUCUCCGCACCCGACUGUCUCACCAUGGAAGCGGACCAGGACAGGAAGCACAGUGGAGGAACGUGGCCCAAGAUGGUGGUGGGAGGCAUGUCAGUCGCACUGGGUAACAGCAGUCCAGUCCCAGCAACGGCGCAGCUCUCCAUCUAUAAGUCUCCCAAGCAGAGGAAGUCCAUCUUUGACGCGGACACCUUCAAACGCCCUGAGACGCCCUCCUCUAAGUUGGAAUACAUGGCAGCCAAUCAGAUAGCGGUGGCCACAGUGUCGCACUCCCCCCAGCCCUCAAAGACAGACUCCCUAUCCUCGUCCUCCACUCCCACCCCGACCCCACCGACACCACCCACCCGCAGCGACUCCUUCAAGUUCAAACACAAACAUCAGAGCAGCUCCGCGUCCGACUGCACCAUCACGUCUGACGGAAAAGGCGAUGCUGCAGUCUCUGCGGUGACAGGCGAGCGGGAGCGAGACAGGAACGGGAACCACUACUUCCUGGAUGGCAAAGUCCUGACCUCUAGGAAAUCGUGCGACGAGGACAUUGGGCGAACCAGAAGCGAGGAGCCUGAAGUGAAAAGGCCACGCCCUAAAUCCGCCCCCGCCCUUCGCCGCAGGAUGACGCCACAGACCAUCACUCUUCCUGCAUUCCAGAGCUACUCUAAUGACGAGCAUUCACCAGAGCCUCGGGACAUGCUGCGAUCCUCCCCCAGCCGCUCCCAUCGGCACAGCGUCGGCUUUGUGCCCACCGUCUACAACGGCAGCCUCCCACCCAAUUCGGCCCACAGGGGUCUGUCUCCGUGCCCUGCCGUGACAGCCGUGAUGAGGAAUCCCGUGUACACGGUGCGCAGCCAUCGUGUUCAUACCAAUAACUGCCCAUCAGUUGCCUCCCAGAUCUGUCACCAGCAUGCGCCCACCAGCCCUCAACAUCAGGGUCGCCUGAGCCUGGAUCUUAGCCAGCAGAAGCGGGGUGGCGAAUACGCCGAAUCCUCAUCGUCACGAAGCAGCCGAGCGUCACACGGUACACACUCACUGCCCUCCAGCACACGACUCGGUUCUUAUAAUAAUGUCCAGUACCGGGCUGAGAGGAUCAAGAUCCCUUCUACUCCCCGCUACCCUCGAUCUAUGCUUGGGUCAGACAGAGGCUCCCUCUCGCAUUCGGAGUGCAGCAGCCCCAGCCUCAUCACACCGCCGCAGUCGCCACUCAACCUGGAGACGUCGUCCUUCGCCAGCAACCAAUCACAAGGCUCCAUUUCCACUUUACCUCGCAUCUCGGUCAGCCCAGUGCCAAUCAGCGAGCGCAGGAAGGACAGAUCUCUUUACCGUAACCGAUCUUUUCUAAGGAUUCCUCUAGCUGCGAGGCCGAGGUUCUCCUCUCUCAGGAGCCUCAGGCCUUACCUGGAGGAACCCCGCAACGUCAUUGUGCAUAAAGGUGCCGAGCCUCUGGGCAUCUCCAUUGUGAGCGGGGAUAACGGUGGUAUCUUUGUCUCUAAAGUUACUGGAGGUAGCAUCGCCCACCAGGCAGGACUGGAGUAUGGGGACCAGUUACUGGAAUUCAAUGGCAUCAACUUGCGUAACGCUACGGAGCAGCAGGCUCGCCUCAUCAUUGGCCAGCAGUGCGACACCAUCACCAUCAUGGCCCAGUACAACCCACACAUGUACCAGCUGGGCAACCACUCUCGCUCCAGCUCCCGUCUCGAGCCAGUCAGAACUCAGUCAACACCGCAGGACAGCGGCGCCGCCACUCCGGAAAAUCACUGCGCCGUUGAUACGCUCAGCGAACAGGACGAGGGCACCCUCACGCCAUCCUCGAAACAAACCACGCCCACCACCAGCCCCCGAAACUAUGCCAGAAUGCACUCUGAAGGAAACAACAAGCCGGGAGAGGCAAGGUUGGUGACGGUGCACCGGCCCGGGGUGGAGGUGGGAGUCACCUUGUGUGGAGGAAAUCUGCGGGGCGUCUACAUAGACAGUCUGGAUGAGGACAGUCCUGCCAGAGGGACUGACAGCCUGCUUCCUGGCGACCUCAUUCUGGAGUAUAACUCGGUGAAUAUGAAGGACAAGACGGCAGAGGAAGUCUACGUGGAGAUGUUGAAGCCGGCUGAGACGGUCACAUUCAAGGUGCAGCAUCGGCCGGAUGACUUCAACGUACUCAAAGACGUUCCAGGAGAUGGCUUUUAUAUUAGAGCACUUUACGACCGCGUAGGCGAAGCCGAGGGGGACUUGACGUUCAAGAAGGACGAUAUCCUGUACGUGGACGAGUCGUUACCAAAGGGCAGCUUCGGGACAUGGAUGGCCUGGCAGCUGGAUGAGAACGCGCAGCAGAUCCAGAGGGGGCAGAUCCCCAGCAAGUACAUGAUGGACCAAGAGUUCUACCGGCGACACAGCAUGACCGAAUUGAAGGAAGACUCGGGCAAGACGCUGUCUGCCGCCGCUCGCCGCUCCUUCUUCAGGAGGAAGCAGAAGCACAAGCGCAGCAGCUCCAAAGACAGCAAGGAAACGGUGGCUCUGGACGCCAUCAGCACUGAUUCCAUCCCCUUCCUGGAAGACUGUGUAAGCCUGGCCUACCAGAGGGUCCAGAAGGUGGAGUGCGCCUCUCCCAGACCUGUGCUGGUCCUCGGCCCACUGACGGACCCCAUCAAGGAGAUGCUGGUCAAAGAGUCUCCGGGGAAGUUCUUCAGAUGUGUGCUAGAGGUAAUGAAGGCGUCCCAACAAGCCAUCGAGCGAGGCGUCAAGGACUGCCUCUUCAUCGACUACAAGCGCCGCAGUGGCCAUUUUGAUGUGACCACGGUUGCAUCCAUAAAGGAAAUAACAGAGAAGGGUUGUCACUGUUUGCUGGACAUCGCGCCGCACGCCAUUGAGAGGCUUCACAGUGUUCACAUUUAUCCAAUCGUUGUCUUUGUCCGCUAUAAAAAUGCCAAGCAAAUCAAGGAGCAGAAAGAUCCUCUUUAUCUGCGUGACAAAGUGUCUCAGAAACAUUCCAAGGAGCAGUUUGAAAGUGCACAGAAGAUCGAGCAGGACUACAGCAAGUUCUUCACAGGCAUCGUCCAAGGCGGCUCCCUCCCGUACAUUUGCACUCAGAUCAUGACUAUAGUGGAUCAAGAACAAAGUAAAGUCCUAUGGACGCCGCUCGGCUGCCCUUAGCGGACGAAGGGGGCGCUCCUCUUCAACACUAAUUAAUGAAACCCUCCUCACCACUUAUAAUAGGUACACUACAUUGUAAAUUAUCUAUUUUUCUUUUUCUCUAAGUACUCCAGAGCAGGCACGUAGCACUGGCUCUCCACCUUGAAGCUCAUUCAGUCUUCCCUAAAGGAAUCCUUGGUGGUUUGUGUGUGCGUGCGUGCGUGCGUGUGUGUGUGUGUGUGUGUGUGUGUGUGUGUGUGUGUGUGUGUGUGUGUGUGUGUUCACUAUUGACCCAAAUGAUCUGCCUCCACGCCCUCUUGUGUGUACACAAACCUUAACACUUAAUGAUGUUCACAACCUACCAGGGAGUGUUAGGGCCACGCUGAAAAAGGGGGGGGGGGGAGAUUAUGAGACAAAAAUAUCAUAAAAUUCCAAGAAUAAAAUCGUGAUCAAAAUAGUUAUUUUGGUGUAUAACAAGUAAAAUAGUUUAUUUUCUCAAUAUUUACAUACUUUAUUCUCUUUCUAAGAAAAUAUUUUUUUUCUGGUAAUGUAGGGAUUUUAUGCUCGCAAAAUUACUUUUGCUUCAGAAUAGUACUUUAGUUUAUACAGUUUGUUUAAUUGUGAGUUGUCUCAUAAUAGAUAUAUUACCAUGAUUUUUUUUUUCCACUUAAUAUUGAUCCUUUUGUUUUUCAAUAUUGUGACUUGUAUAGUUUGACCUAACUCACAAAUGUUUUUUGUUCCCAUGUAAUUACGACUUUAUUUUUGUAAAAUUAUUUCUUGUAAAAUUUACUUUUUUCUUGUAAUUUUACAACUUGAUUAUCAUACAUUUUCGACUUAAUUCUUGUAGAAUUCUGAAUUUUUCUCAUAAAAUUUUUUUUUUCUCGUAAAAUUGUCAUUUGUUAUAUUAUGACUUUAUUUUCGCUAUAUUUUUUACAUUAUUCUUGGAAAAUUAUGACUAUUGUAAAAUUGCAUCUUAAUGCUGGUACUAUUAUGACUUUGUGUUCCUUGAAUGCAGAUGUUUUUUCUUUGUUCAGACUUGUAAAAAAAAAAAAAAAAAAAAAUUCUCAUAGAAUUCUCAUAGAAUUACUACUUUAUUCUUGUAAAAUUAUUUUUUUUCAAUGUAAUAUUUCUGAAUUUAGUCUUGUAAAAAUCAGACAUUUUUGUUGUAAAAUUAUAAUUGUAUUCUGGUAAAAGUUGGACUUGUAGUAUUCCAACUUCUUGUAAAAUUAAGACAAAAUUCCUUUAAUAAUACAACAUUAUUAUGGUGAAAUUCGGACUUCCUUAUGACAUAGCGUUACAUUGUAUGUCAUACAUCAAUUGUGUAAAUUAAUGGUGUAAACCACAAAUAUAUCACGAACUAUGAUUCCCAAGACAUUUUUUCAAUUGUAAAAUGUAAACUUUUUCUUGGACAUUUCAUCAUGGUUCUAACACUCACUUGGUAAGAACUUGCCCAUGUAGCAGCUCACAUCGGUGGACCCCCCUGACAAUUUUAAACCUUACUGACAAAUAUUGUGCAAUUCGUUUGUGGUUGAGUCUGUUGUUGUUAUAAUUGUUAUUGUUGUAAUGAUAAGUGUAAAGGUGGUUGUCAUACGUACUGUAGCUGCGCUCACACUGCCCGCGGUGAUGGCAACCACACGUUAGCUCUAUGCAUUGUGUCCUCUAUAUACUAGCAGGGAGUGUGCCAGCGUUUAUUAUGGGCCUUUCGGAAAGUGCCUUCUUGUAGAAGACAAGAUCUCCAAGCAGCCCUCUGAGUAUGCGCGCGUGUGUGUGUGUUCAUGUCCGAUGCGGGGCUGCAGCAGGAAGCGCGUGACAAUGGCUGAGGGUUUUUGUUUUGUUUUGUUUUUGAUUGUUAGUUUGUUUUAAGAAGGUAGGAGGCCAAUGUGGCGUCCAAACGGGUUCAAGUCCUCACAAUGCACUCCAGGGCUAGACAGACCACUGUGUAACUAGAUCCUUCUCUUUAACGUAUAUUUAACAACUUAGAGUAUGUACACACACACACGCACACGUAUACAGUAUACAUAUAUAUCUAUAUAUAAAAGAAACCUAUAUAUUCCAUGUAUUUUCUCUAGGUCAUGUGCCUAGGAAGGUCUGGCAGUCAAGUUUGCAUGUUUUUUUUGUCCCCCCCAUUUUUCUUUGUGGUUGGUUGUCAGUAACCCUUCUCCUGAAAAGAAGAGACACUAUGAAGCAGCAUUUGCAGGGUAAAAUCUUUAACUCAUCAUCCGUUUAGUGACGUUUUCACUGUUAUUUAAUUUUGUUUCGAGUAGGGAGGAAGAAAUACGGAUGGCCUUCGCGCAAACUGUAUUUUAUCGUGCCAAAAUCCACUAAAAGGUAUAUUUACCCAUGUGUUUGUUUGUUUGUCUUGCACUUGUUUAGCUGUGAACUAAAAACAUGUAACUGUUGCCAGGUUUCCAGUAGACUACCAAUACUAGGUACUAUCAUUUUUGCUUUAACUAAUUAUCUUUUUUUUUUUUUUAAAUGUCUCACAUUCAGUUCCUUACAUUUCAUCAAGGGCCUUUUUAUUCUGACGAGAGAGGGGGGCAUGAAUUAUUUGAAUUAAAAUAAAAAAGGGAUCUAUUCUUGCACAGUUUAUCAGAGGAAAUGUGGACCACCAGUUUGACGAUUGGGCCUUUAAAAAUAAGGAUUUAAAAAAAAAAAAAAGUAAGCCAAGUGUAAUGUUACUAUUUUUCUGUGUAGAUAGCAUGUUAGAGGAAAAUGCGGGAUACAUCAUGGAGCAGUUGUGGAUGCCAGGUACUGAUCAAACGUUUCUUUAUAUGAAAAGAAUGUGAUUUGUAUGUUGAGACAUUAACAUGACAAUAAAAGUAUU